AUGGAGAGUUUUAAUUUGAAGCGACUUCAUUUAGACAUGAACGUCAACUGGACGCCGAUGUUUGCAGCCACAGUUUGCGGCACAGGUGCGAUAUUUCUUUUCUGGAAAUGGAGAAAUAACCAGAAGAUUCAGAAUAAAAUACUAAACGCGCGGAGAAGAAGAGAUAAAUCACUUGAGCAGGCUGAACAAGCGGUGCAGCGAUUUAAAAUACAGAACCCAGGUUUCCAGAGCAGCUCUAUAGUGUCUUUGUCUUUGUCGGAGCUCACUGGGAAACUGCAGGACGGCUCUCUGCAGCCUGAUGCCGUGCUUUACGCUUUCAUGGAGAAGACUCUGGAGGUGAACAGGAAUCUGAACUGUGGCACUGAGAUGUUGAUGGAGUCUGUGGCACAACUGAAAGACAUGAACACUCAAAAGAAAGGCCUUCUGUAUGGAGUCCCCAUCAGCAUCAAGGACAAUUUUGGAUAUAAGGGUCAUGAUUCUUCAUGUGGAGUGGUGAGUAAAUUGGAUCAGCCGGCGGUCAUGGAUAGUGUGAUCGUUACAGUGCUGAAGAAGCAGGGAGCAAUACCCUUCAUCAAGACCAACAUACCACAAGGUCUUCUCAAUUAUGACUGCGGUAACCCCAUUUUUGGACAAACCUUAAACCCCUAUAACCUCCAAAAGACAUCCGGCGGCUCAUCCGGAGGGGAAGGAGCUCUGAUUGGAGGAGGAGGCUCCAUUCUGGGCCUGGGCACUGAUAUUGGUGGGAGCAUUCGUAUCCCAUCAGCCUUCUGUGGGAUCUGUGGGUUCAAGCCGACAGCUAGAAGGCUAAGUACACGAGGAAUUGACACUUGUGUGAAAGGCCAAAAGUCAGUUUUGUCCUCUAUUGGGCCUUUGGCACGAGACGUCGAGAGCUUGGCACUGUGCAUGAGGGCGCUACUCUGUCAGGACAUGUUCAGCUUGGACCCCACCAUCCCUCCAUUACCAUUCAACCAAGAGGUGUAUGAGAGCUCAAAGCCCCUGAGGAUUGGUUAUUAUGAGACAGACGGUUACCUGCAGCCGUCUCCAAGCAUGGCUCGGGCCGUCAGGGAGACCAAGGAGCUGCUGGAGAGAGCGGGACACACGUUUGUUCCUUUCCAACCACUGCGGCUCUAUAAUAUCUUCCAUGAAUUGGCUCUCAGGGGAAUCUUGGGUGAUGGAGGUGAAACCCUCUUCAGUCAUCUGAAGGCUGGCCCCCUUGACCCCUGUCUCUGCUCUCAGCCUGUAACAUUGGGCUCUCCACGCUUCAUCAGGAAGAUGCUUUCAUUUCUGAUCAAGCCUUUUUUUCCAAGGAUUUCUGCAAGCUUGCACGGCACCUGUGGACUUGGGUCUGUAGCUGAAUUAUGGAGGCAGCAUGCAAAUGUUGAGGAAUACAUCCAGGAGGUGAUAGCGGAGUGGAGGAGACUGGAUGUGGAUGUUUUGUUGUGUCCCAUUCUCGGACCAGCCUUCAAUUUCCACUACUGUGGCCGUCUUAACAGUGCUCUCAGUUACACCACCCUCUACAACCUGCUGAACUUCCCCGCCGGUGUGGUGUGUGUGUCUGCGGUGACGGAGGACGACGAGGCUCAGCUCCGCCAGUAUACUGGAGCACAUGGUGACCCGUGGGACAAACUCUUCCAACAGGCAGUAAAGGGUGGCGUUGGUCUCCCGGUGGCGGUUCAGUGUGUGUCUCUGCCGUGGCAGGAUGAAAUGUGUCUGCGCUUCAUGAGGGAAGUUGAACAGCUCACAGCCAAAAACAAACUCACCAGGAAACAUUAA